AUGGACAUCAAGGACGCGUUCCUCCAGGUGGAGCAGCCGGCCGACGAGUCCUACACGGCCAAGUUCGGGCGGCAACGUGACCUGGAGAGCAUGGAGGAGGUGCGCACACUGUUCAGGGCAACGGUGAAGGUCAAUGGGCCCUUCCAGCUGCCGGGGGACAUGUACGAGUUCCUUCGGCGACGCCACCAGUUCGAGCCCGACGGCUCGAUCACGAUAGGGGACAUGUUCGACCUCGACAACACCGAGGCGGCGAGCCGACCCUCUACCGGACUUUGCUCGGACUGCCAGGCAGCCAUACAGUGCCUCUCGGGGAAGGCGUCGGCACCGACCGAGAGAGCGGCCAAGCUCUUGCAGCACCUGGCGACCACCAAGGAAGCCCAGGAGGAGGAGACCACAACCAGCUUUUCGGACAGCAACUUCGCGAAUGUGGUGACGCUGAGCAGCGGGGAAGCCGAGUUGGUGGCGCUGACGCAGACCACCUCUGAAUGCAUCUUAGUCAAGAAGGCUUGGUGUCGGGAGAGUGAGGCACCUUCAGACCUCCUGCUUGUGGAUCCAACACUGGGUGGCACAGCACCUUCUCAAGGUGCUUCCGGUCCCGACGGAGUUCAACCCCGCCGACCUCGGGACGAAGUGCUUCACGGCAAAGCGGCUGCGCCUUCUAUGCUAUGCUACCUGGUGGGCCUGGUACACGACAACGGGGAGCACGUUGGCCAGAAUGAGUUCCGGGAGGCGACGGCGCGCCGAGUGGCGCAAGGAGAUCGGAACAAUGACGUGGUGGUACGGCUGGUGCAGCUGUUGGCUGCAACUACCCUUCAAGGGUGUGAGUUCGGGCCAGCUGGCCCCCACGAGCUCUUUGAGGACCUCGCUUCAUUGAUCUACCUGGUCAUUGUGGUCGUGGUGCGCUACUUUUGGUUUGUGGGGGUGCUGGCCCUGGCUUGGUGGAUGGGCCGUCGCUCUACAACCUCGUUGCCCGAUGGCGGCCAUCUGGCCGGACGAGCGGAAGCGACGGAGCACAGCGACCAGGAGGACGCCGAACACAACAGCCAGGAGGCGACGGAGCACAACAACCAGGAGGCGACGAUCAACCAGGAGGGCCCGAGCGGGAACACCAACAACAACCACAGCCAGAACGAGAAUGCCCUGCCAAUGUUGGGCAUCACGACUGGCACAGGGCUUGAGCAGGCUGCGGCGAGCCAGUCAAGAGAGGCACGGCCUACGGGAGCCACGUCCUCGGGAGGCUCCUCUGCGGCGGCAGCUGUAGCGCUGCCUGUGGCAUCGAGCUCUUCUACUAGAUCCGCUGGCAAGGUCGAGCAGGCCCGUGAGAGGGGAAAGUUUCUAAGAGAUGUGCAGCAUUUUCUCCCCGACAGAGAAUUCCACGAAAUGGUGUGGGUCUCUAGCCACGGGUACGCCUACCACAAGGAAGGCUGUGGAGAUUUGAAGUGCGCCCCCAGGACCUCCAGAAUGACAGUCCAAAGGGCUUUGCAAAGUGGCCGAGUGCCAUGCAAACAUUGCUUCCAGUACCACUGGGAGUACAGCCGUGGGGAGCGAUGA